CGCGUACUUCUCAUUUUGUUUAAAAAUAAUCCAAACUAACCUUUCCAAACUCUCUUAUGUUGUCAAGUGUUAGUUGUGUAACCAAAUGGUGAGGCUUCCCUCCAAAUUCAAACCUCCAAAACUCAAAACCCUAAUCUCUCUUCUUACAUCUCAAACUCAAAAAUCACUUCACCACACAUUCUCUCCAUCUCUUUUGCAAACCCAUAAACUCUUCAAUCAUUUCACCCAAAUCCUAUCUCAUGCCAUUACUUCAGGCUAUUUCACAAAUCCAUUCAUUUCCAGCCAACUCCUCCACCAUUGUCUUACAAAUUCUGAUUUCACUCUCACUUUUUCUCACACCCUUUUCACUCAAAUCCCUAACCCCAAUGUCUUCUCUUGGAAUUUCCUCAUCCGUGCAUACUCCCACAGUUCAUUUCCCCAAGAAGCCAUUAGUCUUUACAAUCAAAUGAUGCGGGAAAGUUUGAGUCUUGAUAAUUUUACUUUCCCUUUUGUACUGAAAGCUUGUGGUAGAUUAGUUAGUUUUCAUAAGGGUCUUGAAGUUCAUUGUGUGAGUUUGAAAAUGGGGUUUGAAUUUGAUGUUUUUGUGCAAAAUUCUUUGAUUUAUAUGUAUUUUCAAUGUGGGGUUGUUAAGUUUGCACAGAAGGUGUUUGAUUUUAUUCCUGAUUCAGUUCGUGAUGUUGUUACUUGGAAUAGUAUGAUUUCUGGGUAUUUACAAUGUGGGUGUUGUUAUCAAGCAGUGAAGGUGUUUGGAAAAUUGUUGUGCGAAAGUGAUGUGAGGUUGAAUGAUGUAAGUAUUGUGAGUGCUCUUACAGCUUGUGCAAGAACUGAGUUGCUUGACGUGGGGAAGAGGAUUCACGGGUUGAUUGUGGUCUAUGGAGUUGUAAUGGAUGUCUUUGUAGGUUCUUCUUUGGUUGAUAUGUACACGAAAUGUGGGUGUUUAGAAGAUGCUAAAACUGUUUUUGACCAAUUGUUAGAUAAAAAUAUAGUUUGUUGGACUUCUAUGAUUGCAGGUUAUUUGAAAUGUGAUAUGUGUAAGGAUGCGAUAGAGUUAUUCAGGGAGAUGCUCAUAGCUGGGGUUAUGGCCGAACCUGCCACAAUUGCUUGUGUUGUUUCUGCAUGUGGGCAUUCCGGUGCACUGGAUCUCGGAAGGUGGGUGCAUAAUUAUAGCGAAAGGAGUGGAAUAGAAAUGAACCUUAUAGUGAAGAAUUCUUUGAUUGAUAUGUACUCUAAAUGUGGACUUGUUGAUAAAGCUCUCGAAGUUUUUCAUUCGUUAACUAAUAAGGAUGUUUAUUCGUGGAGUAUGAUGAUUUCUGGGCUAGCUAUGAAUGCAAGGUCCAAAGAGGCUUUGCAGUUAUUUUCACUUAUGGAAAGAUCAAGUGAAGUAAGUCCAAAUGAAGUAACGUUUCUUGGAAUCUUAUCUGCCUGUAGUCAUGGUGGAUUUGUUGAUGAAGGGUUUUACUUUUUUGAGAAAAUGACAAGGAGAUACAAAAUUUUCCCGGGGAUUGAGCACUACGGUUGCCUGGUUGAUCUUUUGGGUCGUGCAAAUCUUCUGGUUGAGGCUAUGGAUUUGAUAGGUUCCAUGUCCAUUCAGCGGGAUGCUGUCAUUUGGCGAUCUCUGCUUUUUGCUUGUAGCAGACACGGUAAUGUAGAGUUGGCCGAGGUUGCUGCCAAAAAGAUUAAUGAAUUGGAACCAGAGAAGUGUGGGGCACAUGUACUGUUGUCUAAUGCCUAUGCCUCUGCAUCUAGGUGGAAGGAUGUGAAGAUGGUAAGGAGGAAUAUGGGUGCUGAGGGAAUCCAAAAGCAACCUGGAUGCUCUUUUAUUGAAAUAGAUGGUUUUGUUCAUGAAUUUCUUGUUGCUGAUAGAACGCACUGUCAGAUUGACAUCAUAUGUGAUACACUUCUGGCAAUGAAUGUCGUUCUAAAAUCAAGAGCACCUGAGCUUGUUUUCCUGGAUUUCUUUCAUUAAUAUGAGAACAUCCCCGUUGUUGUUUGAUGUCACCCCCUCAUUUAAGUCCACCGACUCAUUUCUUCAGAUAGAAAGGCUAAGGUCAAAGGUAAUCUGUUAUAAUAUCUGCUCUGCAUUUUUUGAGAAGUUGGUAUCUUGAGGGCUCCGUGUUCUGUUACAAAUUUGGCAAAUGCUUCUGGAAAAAUGAGAUAAUAGUAGAACAUGUUGUUAUUAAAUGUAAGAUGUCUGAAAAUAAGCAGGGAUACUAAAAGAAUACUGCUUGAAGGUUCUGUAUUGUGUUACUAAUUGAACAAAUUCUUCUGUGAAGAAUGAGAAGAGUAGUAUAUGUGGCUAUUGCAUGUAAGUCGAUUGAGGACAGAGAUGAUUGUUACUAAAAGAAUACUGCAUGUAUCUUAUAUGGUUUCUUAAUAAUAAAUCCCUGUAUAUAUUGGUCCCAGGUUGGGCUUGCCUUCUGGGAACUGUGGAAAAUCCCAUGCAAAAUCUGACAAUGCAGAGUUUCUUACUGGUUGGGACUCGAGGUGCUCGUGUUAUGCUGGAAGUAUGAUGCUCAAGGUGUUCCAUGUGUAAAAUCCCAUAUUAUGUCGAAGAUCAGCAACGGAUGGAACUAUUAAGUAAUGCCAUCCAGUAGACUGUAGAGUUGAUUCAAUUACAAGCUCACUGGCUGUGGACUGCAGAAAUCUUUUUGCUUUUUAAAGCUAAAAUCUUUACCACAAGCUCUCCACAGAAGAGAGGGUUAUUUUGCAACCAUGACACCCAAGAAUCCAGUCCAGGACCACCAAAGAGAAUGAAAAAGGUAUCUGCUUUACUUGUUCACUCAAAAUGUGGAAACAUUGAGCAUCCAUACAAGGUGGAUAGUGUUUGCACUUUUAUUCAAAGUUCUGCUAUUUAAGACGAGGACAUGGGAUAUGGAAGAUACUUAAAAUUCCCAAAUCCUCAGCCACCUCUGUACCCUGCUAUAUUCCUGAUGAUCCUGUGAUAUCCAGGACGGAAUUCAUUCAUAAUUUGUUGAACAACCUAUUACAGUAAUAUCAAUGGAUUUGCUAUAUCUAAAGUUCUAAACCAUUAA